AUGUCUUGUUUAGACUUCCAGACUGACCACGUACAGGUAGAAAUCGUGAGACAGAUCCUGAAGCAGGUUCUAGUCUCUGUAGACCAGGUGUAUGGCGCCGAACCCGUGCCCAUGGAGAAAAUCAAAGAGCAGCUCGAUAAGUACAUAGACCGGAAAGUCGACGAGAAGAUUACGGAAUUACUCGAGUUUUGCCGACUGGCUGCUGAAGCCAAACGUGAGUUCAAAUCUAGAGCUGCCCAAUGUACGCAUUGUACUGUACUGUCCAUUACAGUGAACCCUCCAGAAGAGAUCUCUGCUCAGGUCAGCGCUGGUCCGUCAGUCAGUGUCCAGCCUGCAGACGGGACACCCAGCGUCCAGUCCACAGACCAGUCAGCCCGUGUCCAGUCCACAGACGAGUCAGUCAGUGUUCGGUCCACAGACGAAUCACCCAGUUUCCAGGACUGUUACAGCGAUAUGGAGGGAAUUCCCCUUGAUGACGUAAGCGUGGCGGUCCCAGAUGAUGACAACAAAGAAUCUGAAGUUGCAAAGACCAAAGAGAAAUCCCUUAUGAAGCGACUUUUCAAGAAGCGCUCCAGACGCUCGGAUAGUGAGGACGUCAGGACUGAGAAGAAACCUCUGUUGUUUAGAAAACUCUUCAAACGACUGCCAAUUGUUUAAAUAUGGGACUCAGUGAAACUAACUUUAACAUCUGACUCAAAGAUGUGUACAUUUAAAUGGGAUAUUUUUUACAAAAGCAUUUAUUAGCGCUUGUAUUUCACAACUCUAAAGGUAUUUUUUUAUAUAAUCGUAUCUAAGUAUUCUCAUUAGAACAGUAUUCAGUUUGAAAUAACGAUCUUCAGUAUGAUAGCUCAACGUUUAUCAAAAUUUAGUGUCAUACGAUAGUUACUUGUGGUGUCGAUUCAUCGAAGCAUUUAGUCAGCUAUAGAUGGAUCUCAGUCACUAUCCCUGUAGAAACAAUCUUUCUGUAAUAUAUCUACCAGUUCAGUCAUACAAUUAGUUAUCUCAGUCACCGUCAUUGUCAAAAUAAUUUGUCAGCGAUAUAUCUGCCAGUUCAGUCAAGGGGGUCAGUCUACCAGUUCAUCAGCCUGCACAUCAGUUUGUGUCGUCCUACAUGAAUCUCUGUCAGUGUUAUCGCCGUGCAAGGCUUUGGGCAGAGCAGAUCUCUCUGUCAUUCACUGAACUGGAAUACAGGUACACAGGUAUACCGUGAUCUGGAAAGAUUUUAUGAGUUGAUGAUAACUACAUGUCUAUGACUGGUCUUUUACAGAUUAGAUCUAUGUACAGACAUAUAUCAGUUGACAAGAAUGCCUUUAUGUGUCACACAAAUCAUGGUAUAGUAAACUUCGAGACUUCAUGAUUGAUAUAUUCGCUCUCCACAAUAGUUUAUAUGUGGAGACUUAUAUGGGCUUAUCUGCUAUGCUAAUAACAUUGUUUUUAUAUGGCCUACAUACUGUACCCUAUGCUGACCUUGUAUAAGCCUAUGUUCAUGUAUUUAGAAAUAUACAUCUAAGUAUAAAUGAAUAGGCCCUAGUGCCAUAGCAGUUAUAUUCGAAACCAGUCAUAAUAUGUUUAACAAAUGCUACUUCUGUAUCAACCAAUACUAUUUAUCAUAAU